UUUUCUCCUUUCACAAGAGAGACUGUGUAUAAACGAAAUAUCCCUUUCUACACUUGAUUCACACUCUUUGAGAAACCUUGAUCCAUGGCGAUGGAUGAUGCAAUUGCAAACUAUACCUCCCAAACCAACUGGACCAUCACCUCCGGCACUCUCAACAAAACCCUAACCUUCCAAUCAUCCCUCUCUUCCUCCUCCGAUGACGAUGAAGAAUCCGUUUCCCAUCCUCUUCUCCUACACCCUCCCUCACCAGAUUCCACCCCUUGCCAAAUCACCAUUAAUUUUGCGGAGAAACAUGAGGUGAGACAAAUCUACGUUCGAAGCACUGCGCGAGUGUAUGAGAUUUACACCAACGAUGAGUAUCUAUGUACUGUUCGAUGCGGUGUUGCUACUAGAGACGGUGAAGUUCUUCGUUCUAACGAAAUUGGUGAGGAGAAUGUUAGAAAUGAAGAUGAUUGGGUUGAAGUUAAAGCUGAUGAUGCUAAUUCACAAACUAAACCUAAUCUCAAUUUAACUACUGCUGCUCAGGAUCUUUUUGAAGCUACAGCUGAGAUUAAUGACGCAAAUCCUUGCAUUUCUCUUACACUCCGUCUUCUCUCGCUUCAGAGCAAGGGCAGUGUUUGUGUGGAUGAGAUUUAUGUGUUUGGCGAUCCUGUUGAUUCAGAAAUCGAAGAAAGCCAUAAUGAAAACUUAUCUGGCAGUUCUCUCAUGGCUAUGUUUCUUCCGUCUCUAUUGCAAGCAUCCAAGACAACUGGUCUCAGUAGUCUAAGUGCUGUUCGAAAGGAAAAACAAUUUGUUUUGAAGGAUGAUUUGAAGGAAACCCCUCAGCCUAGUGCUCGUAUAAUAGAAAAUCAGCUUGAUGAAGAAGACAGCAUAAUCAGACCUCAUGAAGUUGAGUUGAAAGAGGUGAAAGGAGGUUCAGUGGGUCCAUCCCAGUCAUAUACACUCUCACAAGCUGCUAAAAUGGAGAGCGGCCAUGCUGUACCCUCACAAGCUGCUCAAAUGGACAGCAAUUGCAGAGCUAUACCCUCAAAAGUUGCUGAAAUGGAGAACAACCGUCAUGCUAUUCCCUCACAAGUUCCUAUCAAUCAAGGUGAUUUUUCGGGUGGCAAUGUUGAAAGGGCCCUGGAAAAGCUUAUGUCACGAAUGGACAGGAUAGAAGAAAUCUGUUUGGGCUUUCAAGAGAAAAUGGUAGUGCCCAUGAACAGCAUUGAGGUUAGACUCCAGCGAGUUGAGCAGCAACUUGAGACAUUAUCUAUGAAAAGGCAAAACUCUGAGUUGCCAUCGUGUUAUAAAAUAUCUGCUCCCGAUGCUUCUUUUAUUGAAUCAGAUACCAACUCUUGUGAGAAUUGUCUUGAUUGUACUGUCACUGGGGAAAUUGAAUCAGAUAAGAAAUCUCUACAUACAGAGGUACUAAAUGUAUCUCCUCAAGAUGUCUCUCCUGAAGAUGGCUGUCCUGAAAAUAUGUCUGAGUCAGAAAGUACUACUCAACUGCUCCCAGGUCUUGUUGUUACAGCCCCCGAGUUUCCUGAGGAUGAUGAUGAAGAAGAUAAUGCAUCAGAACAAGAAAUAAAUCCUUCGAAUGAUAUCAAAAAGAAGUCAAUUGAUGAUGCUUUAUCUUCUUCAUUAGCUAACUUUUUGUCGUCUUCUCUGACAUCAGAGGUUACAAAGUAUACCAAAAGUCUACAUCUUGAAGCCCCUGAGUUUUCAAAUGAAGAUGCUGACCACGAGAGCAGUAACAAGACAGUGAAUAAUGACUUGUUGCAUCCCACAGACAACGAGGAAUUCAGCCACAUCCAAGUGUUGGCUUCAUCCACUAAUUCAUCGGACGAGGGAGAGAAAGUAAGCACUGAUUCUAAAGAUAAAAGCUCUGAAAAGACAGCCCUGGAAGCUGAACAAUGGGAAUUUUUUUGCAGUGCGCAAGGAGAUCAAGAUGAGGUAUGUGUUGACAGUACUUUAGCUGAACCGAAACCAAAAAUGGAUUUUAAUGACAACUUCAAAGACGAAGAAAAUGGGAAAAUCAGCGGUGAAGAAGAAAGUGAUGUUUUCUUGUCCAAUUUAAGUAAUAUUUCAAAUGAGGUUGUUGAUAAUCAGACCUCCAGUGGUUGUAGAGCAGCAGAUGCCGCAAAAAACACCUUCCAUGACAACAUCAUGGAGAAUUUUCUGGGAUUUUUACUUGCUUCACCUGUAGUAGAUUAUGAAAUUCCACUAUUAGAUGUUAAAUUCACUUCUCAGACAAGUUCUACUGCCGACAGUUUCCUUGAAUCCCUUCUGGUUGAGACACCAGGAACCAGCUCAAGAGAUCCAUCUGUCAAUGUAAGCAGUGAGGAUCUUUCCAUUAAAGAACAACUUAAAGGCAACGACAGUCUCUUAAUUGAGGAGCACUCUAACUUGAUUUCAGUUGAUGAUGGUGAACUGGUAAAUCCAGCUAGCAAUACCCAUUUUGCUGUAGUUGAAGACUUGUCUACUUCAAUAACCGCACCUGUGAACUUCGAGGGUGAUUUUGUGGCAGAAGAGCAUAAGCGCAAGCGUGAUUUGGACCCGUUACAGUUCAUGGAUCUUGAUCGUUAGGCAUUAGCUGUUUUCAUGAAUAUGACAGUCUUGCUCCCUUGUCUAGAUUUUCAACAGUCAAUAGAAAGUUUUUUGCUUAGAUACUUAGGAGAAGUAACUAAGUAGAAACAUGUUGCAGCUGCUCCUUGUUUACUUAGGCGUUGUUGCAUGGAGAUUGUAAAUAGUCAUAAGCCAGUAACUCUCUAGCUUUACUUGCAGGAGAAUUAUUUGGAAUUCACAUAUUUUCCUUCCUUUUUUAAGUCAUAUAUUUCCCUUACUUUUAUUAACAAUGUUAAUAAAAAUGAUUAGAAACUGAUAA